AUGGUUGUUUAAAGUUCAAGUUGAACACCAUCAGAGUGAACUUCAAAAUAGAAAAAAUGUACAUUAGCCACAACUGUCAAACAACACUUUUUUUUUGACAAAUAGAGGUUAUGUACAGCGUAUUUGUUGUGAAUUAUAUUUGUGUUUGUGUGCCAAUAUAUUAAACAAUGUUAUUACCCUUCAACUGUUAAACUCCCAAAACGAAAAUGUUAUCAAUUCAAUCGUAUGCUAGUAGCAGUGACGAAGAGCUCGAAGAAGAACACCCGACCAACUCCCAAGAAACUUCAAAGCCACCAGAACCGAUUCCCCCAGAACUGUCUCAAUUCUCUGCCAAAAAGAGCCUUCAGAUAUGCGCCGCGCCCAUCGUAUUACCCCCCGCUAUAGAUGAAGAUAAAAUCCAUAUACAUCCAGACACAAGCGAACUACUUUAUAACCCAAAAUAUGAGGAGUUAUUUGCCCCCAUUGUAGGACCCAGCAAUCCCUUUAAACCAGAACAAGGAGUCGAGAAGAACAUGGUGGCAGGACACGUCGAACCGGCGCACGUAAGCGAGUUUCAGUUUGAAAACCAAAGAAGAACUUUUGCAAGUUUCGGAUAUGCCCUGGAUCCAUCUGUAAGUACUGAUGAAUUGGGCUUUUCAAAAGUCAUUGGCAGCACGGAAGAAGCCAAAGAGUCAAAUCUCAAAACCGUUUUUGAAAAAACAGAAAUUAGACCACUGGACAAAAAGAAGAGAAAGAAAAAUGACAAUCCUGAGGAUAUCGAUGGGUUUUUGGGACCCUGGGGUGGUUUUGUUGGGGAGCAAAGGGUGAUGAGGCCGUCAGAAGAGGAACAAAAAGAGUUGCAAGAGCUUGUCUCAAAGAGAACAAAGAGGGGAAGGCCAACAGAGGAGCAACAUGUGGAAGAAAAGUCUGUCUUACAUAUUAAGGAUCCAGUUGAUUACCAGGGGAGAUCAUUCUUACAUGCACCUCAUGAUGUUGGGGUGAACCUUAAAUCUGACACACCACCCGACAAGUGCUUCUUGCCUAAAGCACACAUUUUUACAUGGACAGGCCAUACAAAAGGCGUCUCGGCCAUCAGGUGGUUCCCAAAAACAGCCCAUUUGUUCCUGUCUUCCAGUAUGGAUUGUAAAAUUAAAAUUUGGGAAGUUUAUAACGAGAGGAGAUGCAUUAGGACCUAUUAUGGCCAUAGGCAAGCUGUUAGAGAUAUAAACUUUAAUAAUGCUGGCAACCACUUCCUGUCAGCAGGAUAUGACAGAUACAUAAAGUUAUGGGACACUGAGACAGGACAAGUGGUGUCCAGAUUUACCAGCAGGAAGAUUCCGUACUGUGUAAAAUUUAAUCCAGAUUAUAACAAGCAGCACCUUUUUGUGGCUGGAACAUCUGAUAAGAAAAUUAUUUGUUGGGAUACUCGAUCCGGAGAUGUUGUACAAGAGUACGAUAGGCACCUGGGUGCAGUCAAUACUAUAACUUUUGUAGAUGAAAACCGGCGUUUUGUCACCACUUCAGAUGAUAAAUCCCUAAGGGUUUGGGAAUGGGACAUCCCCGUUGAUAUGAAAUACAUUGCAGAUCCCACCAUGCACAGUAUGCCUGCAGUCACUCCCAGUCCCAAUGGGAAAUGGAUGGCAUGUCAGAGCAUGGACAACAAAGUGGUGAUUUUUUCAGCCCUGAACAGAUUCAAGCUUAACAGGAAAAAAACAUUCACCGGGCAUAUGGUGGCAGGGUACGCCUGUCAACUGGACUUCUCUCCAGAUAUGUCUUAUAUAGUGUCCGGGGAUGCUGAUGGGAAAUGUUUCAUUUGGGACUGGAAGACCACCAAGUUGUAUAAGAAGUGGAAGGCACAUGACGGUGUUUGUAUUAGCUGCUUAUGGCAUCCGCAUGAGCCCAGCAAAAUGAUUUCCGCUGGAUGGGAUGGUGUUAUUAAAUAUUGGGACUAGGUGUUAAGCAAAUUUUUGUAUAUAUAUAUUUUUACUAAAUGUUGAAUACUACUAUAAUAAAAGACCUCUUGGAACACUU